AUGGAAUUAAAGCAAGAAAAAGAUGAAAAAGAACUAUGUGUUUCAUUGCAUGUCGAAGAAAAUGAAAGCAAAACAAAACAUGAUAUUGUACCACCUUGUGGAAUUGACAUUCAAAGAUAUUCAACGUUGACAAAGUUGUUGCGUGUUACAGCUCUUGUCUUAAAGUUCAUUAGGAAACUCAAAAAUGUAAAGGAUGAUGCAAAAUAUCUAACUUGUGACGACUUACGACAAGCUGAAAAUUUGUGGAUAGUUUAUGUUCAAAGGAAUAUUUAUAAUAAGGACUAUAAGAAUAUUCAAAAGAAAAAGCCGUCCGGACUACAAAGACAACUUGGACUGGUUAUCGACAACAAUGGAUUAUUGCGUUGUACUGGGCGUUUAGGGAACUCUUGCUUAUCAGAAGGAGCAAGACAACCUAUUCUUCUACCUCACAAAGAAAAGUUUACUGAACUAGUGAUUCAAAGGGCACAUAAAGAGUGUAUGCAUUAUGGAAUAUCACAUGCGCUAUCCAGAACAAGACAAACAUAUUGGAUAACUCGCGGUCGUUCAGCGGUCAAAGCAGCAUUAAAUAAGUGUAAUGUGUGUCGCCGCUACGAUGGAGGCCCAUACAAAAUGCCUGUUAUGGCCCCACUUCCCAGUUCAAGAGUACAAAAGUCAAGUGCAUUUUCACGAACUGGAUUAGAUUAUCUUGGACCUUUGAACAUUAAAACAUCAAAUGGUAAUAGAAAAGUCUGGAUAUGUUUAUUUUCGUGUAUGACAACACGUGCUAUUCAUUUGGAAGUGAUUCAGGAUUUAAGUACAGAAGAAUUCCUGAUGUGCUUGCAACGAUUCAUUUCACAAAGAAACACUCCUAUCGAGAUUGUUUCUGAUAACGCUGCUCAGUUUAAACUUGCAAGUAAAGUCAUAAAUCAUAUAUGGAAAAACGUAGUGCAAAGUAAUGAAGUAAUGUCAUACGUAGCUUCGAAGGGCAUUCGUUGGAAUUUCAUUGUUGAGUUAGCUCCGGGGAUUCUGUGA